GGAGCGGGGCCAUGUGUGACAGCGGCGGCAUCCCACCCCUGCACGCAACAAGUGGGCGCAGAAGCAAGCGGGCGGCGGUCUCGGUGGAACAAAGCUAUGAAUACGGCUCCCCGAGGUACCUGCUCCUGUGCGGCCUGGGCGGGAUGGUGAGCUGCGGGCUGACGCACACGGCCAUCGUGCCGCUGGACCUGGUCAAGUGCCGCAUGCAGGUGGACCCGGGCAAGUACAAGGGCAUCCUGAGCGGCUUCACUGCCACGCUGCAGGACGACGGGCUGCGCGGCCUGGCCCGGGGCUGGGCCCCCACCUUCCUCGGCUACUCCAUGCAGGGCUUCUUCAAGUUCGGCCUCUACGAGGUCUUCAAGAUCCGCUACGCCGAGCUGCUGGGCCCGGAGAAGGCCUACGAGUGGCGCACCGGCGUGUACCUGGCCGCCUCGGCCACCGCCGAGUUCUUCGCCGACGUGGCCCUGUCGCCCAUGGAGGCGGUGAAGGUCCGCGUGCAGACGCAGCCGGGCUACGCCCGCACCCUGCGCGCCGCGGCGCCCCGCAUGUACGGCGAGGAGGGCCUGUGGGCCUUCUACAAGGGCGUGGCGCCGCUCUGGAUGCGGCAGAUCCCCUACACCAUGAUGAAGUUCGCCUGCUUCGAGCGCACCGUGGAGGCCCUCUACAAGUACGUGGUGCCCAAGCCGCAGAGCCAGUGCACCAAGGCCGAGCAGCUGGCCGUGACCUUCGUGGCCGGCUACAUUGCCGGCGUCUUCUGCGCCGUCGUGUCGCACCCGGCCGACUCGGUGGUGUCGGUGUUGAACCAGGAGAAAGGCAGCACGGCCUUGGGGGUCCUCCGCAGACUGGGGCCGGGCGGCCUGUGGAAGGGCCUGUUCGCCCGCAUCAUCAUGAUCGGCACCCUGACGGCGCUGCAGUGGUUCAUCUACGACUCGGUCAAGGUCUCCCUCAAGCUGCCGCGCCCUCCGGUCCCUCAGGCGCCCGAGUCCAAGAAGCAGAAAUAGGCGCGGACGGGCCCUGCGCGGUAGCCGCCGCCCGGGCCGCACCGCGGUCCAGUGGGAGAUGGCGCUCAGACAUUCUCAGUGUGUGAAAUGUUAA